AUGGAGAGAAUAGCUCGACAGUUACGUCAACGAGUGCCCGUUAUACAGAUUGAGCUUAUUCAAAACGUAGAUCAAGAUUUAAUCUUGAAAGUCCUCAAGGAGAUCGAGCCCCAAAAUGCAUACUACUGCAAAAUGUUCCUAGAGAAACUCGUUCUGUUCCUAGAAGAGAAGGGCGAAGAAGUCAACGACGACUUGUAUGAACAUUUGAGUGAUCUUCUACAGGCGGUCCCACUGAAUGCCACUGACACUGAAGUGAUAUCUUACUGCGUGUCGUGUAAAUCUGGAAACAGAGAUAUGGACUUGAAAGUUCGAGAAGCACCGAAUGUAAUAUCAGGUUUGGGUACUACGGGAUUACGCACAUGGGAAGCGUCUCUCUACCUGACGCAGUACCUGCUAAAUUCUGACCACUGUGACCUUACAGAUGCGACAGUCUUGGAACUCGGUUGCGGAACAGGGCUGGUAGGCAUGGCCCUCUAUAAAUAUCAUCCAACAGUGAAAAAAAUAUGCAUAACAGACGGCGACUCCCAGUUGAUAGAAAACCUUCCGUCCAACUUGCAAUUGAACGAAAUACCAAUCGGAUCGCCCAAAAUUUCAAUAUCUAAGCUAUCUUGGGGCGAAGAUGAGCUCCCUGAUCCAAAUAUUGAUACCAUAGUAGCUGCAGAUGUCACAUACGACAGCAGCAUUUUAGACGAUCUUGUUAGUGUAAUUUAUGAAUCAAUGACUCAAAACAAUCGUGGCUCCACGCUAGUUCGGAAUGCAUACAUCGCUGCUACCGUCAGGAACGAAACUACUUUAGAAGAAUUGGAGAAGCUCCUCAAUCUUGGAGUUCAGGAUAGAAUAUGGAAAUGGACGAUUAUGGAGCCUAUGAGAUUUGAUGGAAUUUGGUAUCCUCAAAGUACUCCAGAGAUCCGCAUUUAUAGAAUAUUCAAGGUAUAA